AACAACACGACAGUUGGGACACAAUGUUUACAUCAACACACAGGACACGACGGACCGCUACCUGGGGGGUUGAGAUGGAUGCAGAGUCUCAGUGAAAAAUCCAAGUGUCACUAUUCCCAACCUCUACAUGAUCCCAUCACUCCUCGGCAAGUUGAUGGAACAAUGCGUAAAUAUCAGCAGCUUGCUCUUACCAUCGUAACGGUUGUCAGUCUUGUAGCCUUCUUGUUCUAUAAGCAUGAAUAUGAAAGGUUAAGGUACACUCUUGAGUACCUCGACACAUUUGGGAAAGCCCCAUCAGAAGCGGAAGAUAUCAGACCACACUGUGGGUACAAUACUCAUCACAAAGUAUCUACAGCCCCCACAGACUGGGUCCAAGUUACUUCAGACCUUGAAGUUUACUCCUCAUUUUGGGAUAAUCAAAAUGGUAUUGGUGACCCUAAGAUCAGAAGUAUAGCAGCUGUACGCAAAACCACUGAAUCUCCAUCAGACCUUAGCUGUUUAAUAUGGUUUGAUUAUGAAGGCACACCUGCCCCUGGCACCUGCAGUGUUGAAUUUGCAUCAGAAAGAGUUCAUGGACACAACACUGUUGAAGAGGACAUAGGUGUUCUUUACCUUUUAUGCACAGCUGAUAGCAAGAAACUUAUGCUAAGUAAAACACCAUAUAUGAUACAAUUCAAAGUAGGCUCAUCAGAACCAUCACAACCUGUUUUUGUACAUGAGAGUGAAAGCCUUAAGAGUGUCAUCAACAAGUCUGCAGUUUGUCUUCUUCCUGUAGAAAAUCCUAUUUCUACAUUGAAAGUUAUUGAAUUUAUAUCAUUUUACAACAUCAUUGGUAUAGAUAAGUUUACUAUAUAUGGCCCUGUCCUUACACCUUUGGCUAGGUACUUACUAGACAAGUACAGUGAUGAGAUAGGUAUUGAAUUUGAAGAAAAGCUCUUCAGUUCUUCACAGACUUUUAAGCUAACUCGGCCUGUAGUAAAGAGAGUUAUUGAACUUGACUGUAUUUACCGCCACAGAGACACCCAAGAAAAUGUUCUUAUUCUGGAUUUAGAUCAGUACGUUAUCCUCGAACUUAAAGCCACGCUGCAGGAAACCCUGUUGGCUCUCAAGGGUGGCAGUCAGUAUCAUCGGGAUGUGGCAGCGUUUCACUUUACGACACAGAAGGUGUGCCUUGAUAUGCAGCACAUGAAAAAAGGCACAUUGCGUUUAUCACAACAAGUUCACACAGUGGGGAGUAUGAAAGAGAUGGGAGUAGCUGUCCUACGUCCUCAUCUUUUAACUGCCUCGGCAAUUGGUGGUCCUCCAAACAAUCAACAUAUUUCCGCUGCUACGGCAGUUAUUCAUCAGUAUUCUGUUUGUUCCUCUACAGAUAACCAUAAUGAAAGACGCCACCUUCCAACACAAAAAAAAUUUGUGGAUAAACUGGAGAAAUCUUUGUUGUACAGGAAGUGGAUAAUUAACUAACAAUUACCGUGAUAGAUCUGAAAUGAGUUAAUUGUAUUGUAGUAAUAUGAAAAACUUGCACACUGAAAUAAAGAAAAUAAAUUAUUUAAAAAAUAUUGUACAGGGUAUUAACAAAAUUUUGAAUCUUAACGUUAACAAAAAGUAUCACAAGUACAGUACUGUAUUAUCAAAAAGUAUCACUAGUAUAUAGGGAGCUGUUUGUCAAGCUCAGUGAUAUUGAUCUUACUGAAAUGUACUUUUCUCAUGUUUUGUACUAUAAUUUAGAAAUACUGUACAGUAUUGUACUUAGUGCAGGGGAAAAAUUUCUUUCCCUUUACAGUUCUGUAUAUAGCUACUGUAUUUCUUCCUUUUAGAGUUUUAUUUUGUAGAUACAGUACAGUACAAGCAGUCUAUCAUGAAUUAACACUUAAGCACAAAAAUGAAAUGCUACACAAAUAUGGUUCUUUGUACAGUACUGUAUCCCAGUAAUGUUGGAAAAAUCAAUAAAAACCAAUAGUUUGUUGUCCAUAUAAAGAACCAAGUGAAAGGCUUCUUGAGCUCUCUGUGACCAAUUUUUAUAAUCAAAUACUGUAUAGAGUAAAUGUACUCCUGUGUGUUGUUUUAAUGUCUUGUUAAAGUUACAGUUGUUCACUAAAUCAAGACUUAAUUGGGUAAUGCUGUUGGGCAGUUCUUUUGUUAUUUAUUUUUAGACUUUUAAGCUCUUUGGCUUCUGCUUGCUAUAUGUAUGCCUGUGUAGGGAUUUCUCAUCAAUUAGUAUUGUAUUCUUGUUAUAUGAAAGACUUAUGGCCAAACAAUGUUGUUAAAAGUAUUGUAUAGGCAGUCCUCACUAUAUGAAAGACAUACAUUCCACAGAAGAAGUUGUGCUUUUAGGAAAAAUUCAAAUAGUAAAAGCAAUUUUCUCUUAAUUUUUUGGUUAUAAAUGGGGGAUGAUUCCUUGGGGCUGAUUUUCUCACAACUUACUUGACCAAAACUAACUUCCCAGACUAAAUACAAAACAUACCUAUAGUUACUUAAUAAAUCAAUACAGAACAUCUUUAAAUGUGUAAUUAAAUUAAUACAAACCAUAAAUAAAUUAAAAUAACAAAAAAGUAAAUGUAGAGAUCACGGAAGAUGAUUUUUGUCUCAUUCGUGCUAUUGUUUAUCUUGCUUCAGAAAUUUUGCAUGGAUUCCCUUCACAGAGGGAAGGUCACUAACACAAAAGCCAGCUAUAGGGAGGAUUGGAGACAGGUGUAACUUCUAAUGCAUCUCUUUAAACUACACACAACCCAGACCGCUGACCUAUUGACAAGGGACACUCCCAGAUGUCUGUGUUAGCACUUCUUCUUCUUCCAAUGAAA